CAUGCUUAAAGGUGCAUCGUGCAUGAAUUAAAAUUCAAAGCAAACCUAGAACAUCAUCAUAUAUAUAUUCCAUGUUUUGAAGUUUUCAAUAUUAUUGUUUGUCAAUAAAAUUAAAAUGGUGUUACGGUAUUACCCCUCUUUUUUUGGUACUAGAAGGAACAAACUAUCAUUUUCGAAAGCAAUAGCCACUGCCCAGUGACAAUGGCAACGAGGUCCCUGAGAGUGAGAGAUGCUUUGGUAUACCGUGACCAUGUCCAAGCAAUAAAGUCUGGUUUGGUGUCAAGCAUUUUCACUUGUAAUCAACUCAUUCACCUUUAUUCCAACCAUGGCCUUUUGCAAGAGGCCCACAAACUGUUCGAUGAAAUGCCCCACCCAAAUGUAUUCUCUUGGAAUGCCAUAAUCAUGGCUUACAUAAAAGCACACAACUUGACUCAAGCACGAGCCCUUUUUGACAUUGCCUCUCACAGAGAUUUGGUUUCUUAUAAUUCCAUGUUAUCAGCUUAUGUUGGUGCUGACGGGUGCGAGACUGAGGCACGUGAUUUGUUUGCUAUUAUGCAAUCUGCACGUGACACAAUUGGGAUUGAUGAGUUCACUCUCACAACCAUGCUUAACCUUACAGCCAAACUACGUGUGCUGUGUUAUGGGAAGCAGAUGCAUUCAUAUAUGGUGAAAACGGCAAAUGAUUUAAGCAAGUUUGCUUUGAGUUCUCUCAUAGAUAUGUACUCUAAAUGUGGUUCCUUUCAAGAAGCAUGCAAUGUAUUUAGCGGUUGUGAUGGGAUGGUGGACUUGGUUUCAAAGAAUGCAAUGGUUGCAGCUUGUUGUAGGGAAGGAAACAUGAACAUGGCCUUAAAUGUAUUUUGGAAAAAUCCUGAACUGAAUGAUACUGUGUCUUGGAACACAUUGAUUGCAGGAUACGCCCAAAAUGGCUAUAUGGAGAAAUCACUUACCUUGUUUGUUGAGAUGAUAGAAAAUGGUAUUGGUUUCAAUGAACACACUUUAGCAAGUGUUUUGAGUGCCUGCUCUGGUCUAAAAUGUUUAAAACUUGGCAAGUCUGUCCAUGCUUGGGUGUUGAAAAAGCGUUACAGUUCGAAUCAAUUUAUUAGCAGUGGCAUUGUCGACUUCUACUGUAAGUGUGGGAAUAUCAGAUAUGCAGAGUUAGUCUAUGCAGAAAUUGGGGUUGAAAGUUCAUUUGCAGUUGCCUCAUUGAUUGCAGGCUACUCAUCUCAAGGUAACAUGACAGAAGCCCAAAGGCUUUUUGAUUCACUGUUGGAAAGAAACUCUGUUGUAUGGACAGCUCUAUGCUCGGGCUAUGUCAAAUCACAACAAUGUGAGACAGUCUUCAAACUUUUCAGAGAGUUUAUAACUAAAGAAGCACCAGUUCCUGAUGGAAUGAUCAUCAUCAGUGUGCUUGGUGCCUGUGCAAUACAAGCUGCCCUAAGUUUGGGAAAGCAAAUUCAUGCUUACAUUUUGAGAAUGAGAUUUAUUGUGGAUAAGAAAUUACUGAGUGCUUUAGUUGAUAUGUACUCAAAAUGUGGAAAUGUUAUAUAUGCUGAGAAAAUCUUCCGGCUAGUUACUGAUAGUGAUAGAGAUGCAAUCUUAUAUAAUGUCAUGAUAGCUGGUUAUGCUCAUCAUGGUUUUGAAAAUAAAGCAAUUCGGCUUUUUCAGGAAAUGUUGAAUAAAAGUGUCAAGCCAGACGCAGUCACUUUUGUUGCACUUCUAUCAGCUUGUCGACACCGUGGAUUAGUAGAAUUAGGAGAGCAAUUUUUUAUUUCCAUGAAACAAGAUUACAAUGUAUUGCCUGAAAUUUAUCACUAUGCAUGUAUGGUCGAUAUGUAUGGAAGGGCUAAGCAACUAGAAAAGGCAGUAGAAUUCAUGAGGAAGAUUCCUAUACAGAUAGAUGCUACUAUCUGGGGAGCAUUUCUUAAUGCUUGUCAGAUGAGCAGCGAUGCAGCACUUGUCAAACAGGCAGAAGAGGAACUAUUAAAAGUUGAGGCAGAUAACGGGUCUAGAUAUGUGCAGUUGGCCAAUGCCUAUGCUUCCAAAGGGAAAUGGGAUGAGAUGGGAAGAAUAAGAAAGAAAAUGAGAGGAUACGAGGCUAAGAAGUUUGCUGGAUGCAGUUGGAUAUAUGUGGAAAAUGGUAUUCAUGUAUUUACUUCUGGUGAUACAUCUCAUUCAAAAGCAGAUGCAAUAUAUUCAACUUUAAUAUGCUUGAAUGGGAAACUGUAUCUUUCGCAGAACUGAAGCAACUUUAUGAAAUUCAAGGUGAUGUUUGGGAUAUAUUUUGAUGGUUAACUAGCCAAUGCCACUAAAAGUGGAUGCUCUGCCAUAUAGGAAUCAUAAGAGCACCAUCCAAUGCAGCAUGCUUAUAGAUACUGUAGUAGCAAGGAAUUGGAUUUAUAGUCAACUGAAAUUAUAGUACUACUACAAAAAUUAUUGGAAGACUAUUUUUUUUUUCUUGAAAGUGCAUUUGGAAGAGACGUAAGACAGUUUUUAGAGGCAGAAACUCCAACUUUACACCAACCUAGUUCAAUUGACCAUCCCACUACCCAAAUUUAGACAUAUAAGGGGUGGUGAUAUUCAGUCAGAAUCUCUAGCAAACGCAGUAAAGAGCAACACAACAAUUAAUUUGGAGUGAAGUUUUAGUAGAUUAUAGAUUCUGUGAAGGCAGUUUUUCAAGACAGAAAAGAUGUUUCUCAACAAUCUACACAACCAACAGUGUCUCAUAUUUGGUGACAUGUGGAACAUAAAGGAGGAUUAACGCUCAGUGAUUAUGAAAGUUCAUGGUGAUUCCACCCUUAAGCAUGCCAGUGCUACUAUGGGUGAUCUGAUGCGUGCAAACGACAACAUAGGAACAGGUCCAGAAUUCUUAUGCUUUAGUUCAGUUUUCAAUCAUGUGAGGAGCAAGGAAAAAGUCAGCUCCUUGAUUGCCGCUGUAUUUGGUUGUUGAGUUUUGAUUUUGCUGCUGGUUUUCUAUUCUUCUUGGGCUGCUGUUACUGUAAAGACAGUUUGUUGGUAUAAUCAACAUUGUGAAGGCAGAGGUGGAUCCUUGUAGGGAAGGAAAAGCUGUUCAAGUUUAAAAGGAUCUGUGCGGACCACAACAUACAACAAGAGCCCAUCCUUCACCCGUGAAGUUUUGCUGCGGUUUCACGUUGAGUGUUUCUUAAGGUCUUUGGAUUUGCAUGGGUCCUUGGAGAUAAUUUAGAUACAUUUGGCUUGUUAUGUUUAUGGUUAGUUAAUAAUGCAGUACUUUAAGUACCACUUUAAUCAGUUUAUAAUGUCAUCCGUUAUGUGAUU